AUGAGUUGUGCAUGGUGCUGCGGCUGCAAACGUGAAGAGGAGGUUGAAGAGCAACAAACGGAGGUUAUUGUGCAUAUGAACGAUCGCGAAGCGAAUGCACCCUACAAUUACCCUGACAACUUUGUAAAGACGACAAAGUAUACGCUCUGGACGUUCCUUCCACUUGAGUUACUGAUGCAGUUUAGAAGAAUAAGCAACUUUUAUUUUCUUAUUUGCAUGGUUCUCGCUCUUAUCCCUGGUGUUUCUCCUGUAAGCCCUGCAACCGCCGUCGCCCCACUUGUAUUUGUUGUUGGGGUGGCGAUGACCAAGGAGGGAGUGGAGGAGUUCAGGCGUCAUAGGGCGGACAGUAAGGCCAACUCUGUUGAGGUGGAAGUUCUUGUGAAUGGAGAGGUGGUAAAGGUUCCUAGCCGGCAGCUGCAUGUGGGGGAUGUUGUGCGAGUGUACUCUGGAGAAGAAUUGCACGCUGAUAUAUUUUUCCUGUCUUCCCACUCCGAGAAAGGGCAGGUGUUUAUUGAUACCUGCAAUUUGGAUGGCGAAACAAGCCUAAAGAGUCGUAAGUCAAUUGAGGUGACGCGAUCACUUUGCUCUCCUGAAACCCUGGAAGCAGCACGACUCACAUUACACACUAUCCCCCCUGAUCCCGGACUUUUAUUGUGGUCUGGCUGGAUUGACCUCAACGGGGACACCUGCGCCGCUGACCUGAACCAGUUUUUGUAUCGUGGCUCCGUUCUUCGCAAGGCACAUUGGCUAUGGGGAUUUGUUAUUUACGCCGGCUCAGACACCAAAAUGUUUCGCAAUUUAAGGAAACGGACAUCAAAAUCUUCUGAUUUGGACUUGAAACUAAAUAUUCUCAUAGCCAUUGUGUUCUUAUUGCAAAACUUCUUUCUAGUCUUGCUUUGCUCGCUUUCGGUGUGGUGGAAUAAUAAACACCACAAACACUGGUAUAUCCGGUGGUACCUGGAGCAGCAUGGGGCUGCCUCACAGUGGUUUCUCAACUACCUCACCUACUUUGUAUUACUUAGCUAUCUUAUACCCAUUUCGCUGUUUGUAACCAUCGAGGUAUGUAAGGUUAUCCAGGUCUACUGGAUGCAGCGCGACUCCAAAAUGGUGGAGCUUGUCAACGGAUGUUUGCGCCGGUGUAAAUCUAACACGUCAAAUCUGAACGAACAACUUGCGAUGGUGCGUUACAUUUUUACGGACAAAACGGGUACCUUAACAGAGAAUGCAAUGAGGUUUAAAAUGGGUGAUAUUAUGGGUAAUACAAUUCGUGGGGAAGACAUUGAAGGUUCACUAGAGUUGCUUAAUAAACAGAGUUCAACACGUGCUGCCGCGGAAGAGUAUUUUCUUGCGUUGGCUCUUUGUCACACGAUUCAGCCGUUUCCAGACACCCACAGCCCCUUUGGGGUGGUGUAUGAGGGUAGUUCUCCUGAUGAAGUGGCACUUGUUACUGCUGCUGCAGAGCACGGCUUUUGUUUGCGGGAGCGUACCUCAAGCUCCUUGACGGUGAGGGUGGAGAAGAAGACCAUAGUGUAUGAAAUCCUUGCUACACUGGACUUCACACCUGAAAGAAAAAUGAUGAGUAUCGUUUUGCGGGAACGGAAUAAGGAACGGAUCAUGCUUUUUGCAAAAGGUGCCGAUAGUUCCAUAAACUUUCGGACCAUGGAUAACGCGGAUAUUGAGGAGUAUAAACGGAGUUUGUCACUAACACUGUCAGAUAUGGCGAAAUACGGGCUACGUACACUUCUCGUCGCUACACGUGACCUCACUCCGAAAGAAUUCGAGGAGUGGAACGCACGUUUUUUGGACGCCGGGAAGGUGCUUGUACGCCGUAGUGAGGCCGUUGACAAGGUAUGUGGCGAGAUUGAACAGAACCUGCGACUGCUCGGAGCCACCGGUAUUGAAGACAAGUUGCAAGAGGAAGUUCCAGAAACGAUAUCGUUCUUUCUUGACGCCGGUGUUGUGGUAUGGAUGCUCACUGGUGACAAGCGGGAGACAGCGGUGACAGUUGCCGCCACAGCCUCGCUGUGUGAUCCAAGGAAUGACUAUGUUUUGCACGUUGACGUGGACUCAAUUGACCCUAAACACUUGAGAGCGGUGGAAAAAGUUGGGUCUGAUUUACAUGAAGCAGAGUUGUACUUAGAACGUGGGAAGGAAGAGGGUGUUCGGUGUACUCUUGUGAUCGAUGGCAUAUCCCUUAAUGUGGUGAUGGAGCACUACUAUAUUUUAUUUCUUAGGUUGUCCAUGGGUCUUGGUUCGGCUGUGUGUUGUCGGCUCACGCCGUUGCAGAAGGCCGAAAUUGUACGCAUGUUUCAAAAAGCAACGGGCCAUACCGCCAUGGCCAUUGGUGAUGGCGCAAAUGAUGUGACUAUGCUUCAAGAGGCUCGUCUUGGCAUUGGUAUUAUUGGCCUUGAAGGAGCACAGGCAACCCUCGCCGCGGAUUACGUUAUUCCCAGGUUUAGAAACCUUCGUAGACUUUGUGCCGUUCAUGGGCGAUAUUCUCUUCUCCGUAAUGCGAGCUGCAUCGUGGUGAGUUUUUACAAGAACUUCGCAUUGGCUUUUAUGCAGUUUAUCUUUAGCUUUUACUGUGGAUUUUCAGGACUCACACUUUUUGACGGGUGGCUGCUGACCUUCUACAAUAUUAUGAUGACUAGCAUCCCACCAUUUUUUAUGGGUAUCUUUGACAAGGACAUUUCCCCUGCGGUGUUAAGUUGCCGCCCUGACCUUUUUGCCCCCCUUUCACGGGGGCUGUAUUUUAAUUUGAUUGUGAUGUUGCGGUGGGUCUUUGAGUCUGCGUUCCACGCAUGUGCCAUAUUUUACGUGCUUUACCCGACAAUGAUGGGCCUUGACUUCAGCCGUCACAGUGAUAUUUCUGGGAGUAUGGGGGGCACCAUGAGCCUGUUUAUGCUGGUGUCGGUUGUGCUGGGCCGCUUGGCUCUGCAAGUGCGGUAUUGGCAACCCCUGCAGGGUGUGGGGUUUGUCUUUUCAGCUGUUGUUGUGGUUUGUUUCCUUUUUGCAUACUCUUCUUUUGCCCAUGUUGGGGAGUCGUCGUUGUAUUGGCAGGUUUACGUUUUGAUGGCAGGAGUGAAGUUUUGGCUGUAUCUGUUGCUCUUGCUGGGAAGCCUUAUCUUUAUUAUUGACCUGUCGAUGCUGUACUUCCAGAAAAAACUGAGACCCACCCCACGCGACGUUGCGGAACGGGAACGCUUCAAGCUGCUCCGAGAGCGAAGAAAAAAAAGGUCGACGCACCCCGUUUAA